AGUCCUGACUGAAGGGUUGUGAUGGCAGAGGCAGAGGAGGUGGGGGCGGCGGCAGUGGAGCUCAGUGGGCUGCCCCCCAACAUCCCAGAUGAGCUGCUCACACUCUACUUUGAGAACCACCGACGCUCUGGGGGGGGGCCUGUGCUGAGCUGGCAGAGACUUGGCCAUGGAGGCAUACUCACUUUUCGGGAGACUGCAGACGCAGCAAGGGUCUUAGCCCAGAAGGAGCAUGUGCUUCACGGUGCACAGCUGAGCCUGCAGCCAGCCCCACCGCGUGCUCCUGCACGCUUGCUGCUCCAAGGACUGCCCCCUGGCACUGCACCCCAGCGCCUGGAGCAGCACGUCCAGGCCCUGCUGCACUCCAUGGGGCACCCAGAGCAGCCCUGCCAUGCCCUGGCCAGUCCCCGACCAGACCGGGCCCUGGUCCAGCUGCCUAAGCCCCUCUCUGAGGCAGAAGUCCGCGUGUUGGAGGAGCAGGCUGGGGCCCUGGGCUUGGAGGGGGCCAAGGUAUCCCUGACGCGGGUGCCCCAGGCCCGAGCAGUGCGUGUGGUAGGGGGCACUACCCCUGUGGACCCUCUGCUGCUGGAGCUAUACCUGGAGAACGAGCGCCGAAGUGGUGGGGGCCCCCUGCUGGACCUGCGCAGCCUGCCAGGGCACCUGGGCACUGUGGUCUCCUUCCAGCAGUGGCAGGCGGCUGAAAGGGUGCUGCAGCAGGACCACCGGCUGCAGGGCUCGGAGCUGAGCCUGGUCCCCCACUAUGAAUUCCUGGAGCCGGAGGAGCUUGCUUCGGACCCCAGUGGAGGGGACCAUUUGUCCGAGUUGGGGCCUGGGGCCCCUGAGCAUGCUCUCCUGGAGGCUGGAGAGCCAGUGCAGGCACUGAAGGGUGUAGGGACUGUGACCUUGGGCUCUGAGGAGGCACCAGGCCAAUCAGGAGCCUCUCUAAGGACAGAUCCCAUAGGGUCUCUGGGACAGGCUGGGCCAGUCAGCUCAGGGCCUGUGGGGUCUUUGGGACAUGAGGGGCUAGAGAGCAUGGGGCUCCUGGAGUCUUCAGGGCAGGCAGAGCUGGUUAGCUCAAGGCCUGUAGAGUCUCCAGGCCUGGUGGGCUCAGUGGAGAAUGCCAUGGGGUCUCCAGAGCAAGUGGGAUCAGGGAGCCUGGGGACUGUGUGGUCACUGGAGCAGGAGGGGCUGGUGGAGAUGGUGCUGUCAAUGGAACCAGGAGCCAUGCGCUUCAUACAGCUCUAUCAUGAGGACCUUCUUGCUGGCUUGGGAGAUGUUGCCCUUUUCCCACUCGAAGGAUCAGAUAUGACGGGCUUUCGGCUCUGCGGAGCCCUGGCCCCAUGCCAAGCAGCUGAGGAGUUUCUGCAAAGUCUGCUAGGCAGCAUUAGCUGUCACGUGCUGACCCUGAAGCACCCAGGCAGUGCCAGGUUCCUGCUGGGCCCAAAGGGGCAGCACCUUCUUCGGGAGCUGGAGGCUCAAUUCCAGUGUAUCUUUGGGACAGAGCGCUUGGCCAGGGACACCCUGGACACAGACCCUGCAAAGGUGGACCCCACUGAGGCCCUCCAGGUCCUCCCUUGCCAGUCCCCAGAUGGUACAGGCAGUGACCAGGAGAACCUGAGCCUGGAGGAGGUCCGGGAACUACUGGCCACCCUGGAGGGCCUGGAUGGGGAAGACUGGCUGCCACUGGAGCUGGGGGAGGAGGAACCUGAGGAGCAGCCAGAGGAAGAGACUGCACCCAGGGCUGGGGAGGAGCCCAUGGCUCCCAGCACUGGGGUACCUGGGCGGCUAGAGGAGGAGGCGGCUCUGCAGCUGGCUCUCCACCGCUCACUAGAGCCGCAAGGCCAGGUGGCUGAGCAGGAGGAGGCUGCUGCACUGCAGCAAGCACUGGCCCUCUCCCUGCUGGAGCCAACCCCACUGGAGGCAGAAGGAACUGGUGGCCAGGCCCAGCUGGUGGUACAUGCGGCUUUUGAGCAGGAUAUAGAUGAGCUGGACCGGGCGCUAGGGGCUGCCUUGGAGAUGCACCUCUGGGAGGAGACAGUGGGGCUUCGGGGUCACAUGCUGCCCACAGAGCUGCGUGCCCGCCUGGAGCGGUGCCAUGGUGUGAGUAUUGCCCUUCACAAUGAUUGCACUGCCCUCCGUGGCUUCGGGGUCCAGCCCACCCGCGCGGCCCGCCACUUAGCAGCACUGCUGGCUGGUCCCCGGGAUCAGAGUUUGACCUUUCUCCUGGAGGCUUCGAGCCCCACCGUGCCACGGCAGAGGCUGAAGGGGCCCUUGGGCAGGCUGGAGUGUCUGGCUGAGAAUAGCGUGGAGUUCCAGGCAGUGGUGCAGGCCUUCUACAACACCUUGGACACUGUCCACAGCAGGAUCCGCAUCGUCCGGGUGGAGCGGGUGCUGCACCCGCUGCUGCAGCAGCAAUACGCGCUGCACCGAGCGCGCCUGGAGCCGCGCUGUGAGCAGCACCCCGCCGAGCGCGUCCUGUACCACGGCACGUCGGCGCCCGCCGUCCCGGACAUCUGCGCGCACGGCUUCAACCGCAGCUUCUGCGGCCGCAACGGCACACUCUAUGGGCAAGGCGUAUACUUUGCCAAGCGCGCCUCCCUGUCGGUGCAAGACCGCUACUCGCCCCCCAACGCUGACGGCCACAAGGCAGUGUUCGUGGCACGGGUGCUGACCGGCGACUACGGGCAGGGUCACCGCCAGCUGCGGGCACCCCCUCUGCGGCCCCCGGGCCACGCGCUCCUACGCUAUGACAGCGCAGUGGACUGCCCCCGCCAGCCCAACAUCUUUGUCAUCUUUCACGACACCCAGGCGCUGCCCACCCACCUCAUCACGUGCGAGCACAUACACACGGCUCCUCCUGGGAACCCCUCUGGGCUCUUGGGCCACUCGCCAGCCACCUAGCCCGAGAGGUCCCUCUCAGCUUGUCUCUGGCCUCCUGCUCCCCAGGCUCCAGCUCCACACAGCCUUGCAGAUCUCUCUGCUGCCUGAGCUACCCCUGGGGGCGCCCCUGCCUCCGGCUGCGGUGCGGGAUUGGGGGUGCAACGCGGAGGGCUGGGCCCGGG